UGUUGAGAUUAUACGAUAUAGUCGUCCGGUCAACAGUAAACAAUUCAGUGUUUGCCGAGGCCUCGUGGCAGUCGGGAAGUGAUUUCGAGUGUUCGAUCGGUGAAUAUUUUGAUCGCACGUUUCUCCAAAGAAACUUAACGAAAAUCAACAAAUUGAGUUUCGAUAAUUAGUAAUUAAAUAUUUUUAUUCGGUAAAAACUUUUAUGUUUGCAUACAAUAGCUCAUCAGUUUUCAAAAUACUUAUGUGGAUUUAUUUUAAAGUAAAUACAAAUUCUUUUGAAUCGGAUGAAAAUACAUACAUAACAAACUGAACAUAACAGUGUCUGUGAAUACACACUAACGGACUAAGCAAAAACAAUAGAAUACACUGGAUUUUCUAGGAUUUCUAUUGGGCUCGUAUGCAACGCCACAUGACUUCAAUACAAGCUUCUUCGAUAUCGACAUGGAAGCCAUCCGCAGUGGACGUGAAGACUAGCUGUAGAUUAACGAGUAAUAUUGCUAGCAGCAAUCUUACCUCUACAGAAUCCAUCAGUCGACAUGACACCUCAAUAUCAGUGGAUGCCGAUUCCUUGCCAUCAGUGUCGGGAGAUAAUGAACAACAGUGUGCCAAUCCUAUAGACGUAAUAAACAGCAAUGGGGGAGAUAAUUCAAAGACUGAUUUAACGACUACAAUAGUAAACUCAACGACAGCAGCACUAACAACGACAUGUCCCCGACCAAUAUGUCCAAAUUUGCCAUAUUCACCGGUUUGUUCGCCAAGAUUUUCUCGAAGGCGACCGCCAUUACGGGAAUGUGGUGUGUCGGUGAACGUACAGAGCUUAGAUGAUCCUAACUCUCAUCAGAAACUUAAUCAGUACAAACUAAUCGACUCCAUUGGACAAGGAUCUUACGGACUCGUAAAGUUGGCGUAUAACGAACAAGAUGAAAAACAUUACGCAAUGAAAAUAAUGUCAAAAAAAAAGUUAAUGAAAAAGGCAGGCUGCUUUGGCCGAAUGAACGCUCGCCGCAAAGGGACCAAUCCAUUAGACAAAGUAUACAGGGAAAUUGCCUUAUUAAAAAAGCUCGACCAUCCUAAUGUAGUUAAACUAGUCGAAGUCUUAGAGGAUCCAGACGAAGACCAUUUAUAUUUAGUUUUUGAGCUAUUAGAAGGAGGGGAAGUCAUGCAGGUACCUGGAGAUCCACCCAUGUCUGAAUCAAAAGCCAGAGCUUACUUUAGAGACAUACUAAUGGGUCUCGAAUAUCUGCACUUCCAGCGAAUUGUACACAGAGAUAUCAAACCUUCAAACUUGUUGAUCGGUGCAAACGGGCACGUGAAAAUCGCUGAUCUGGGCGUUUGCAACGAAUUUGAAGGGACAAACGAUUUGCUUAGUUCAAGUGCAGGCACUCCGGCUUUCACGGCACCUGAAGUGCUCGACCUUACAACGACCACGUACAGCGGAAAAGCGUUGGACAUGUGGGCUCUUGGAUGUACACUAUACGCAUUUGUUUACGGCAAAUUACCAUACGACGCGGAUUCGGUUCUGACUGUCCACGAACAAAUCCGUACGCAGCCGGUACAGUGGCCCGUCGAACCCGAAACAUCACCACAACUGGUGCACCUACUCCAUCGGUUGCUGGACAAAAAUCCCGACACCAGAAUCACACUGCCGGCUGUCAAACAACACGACUGGGUGACCAAAAAUGGAGCCGAGCCUUUACCCACCGAGCAAGAAAACUGCGAGUUGAUCGAGGUCAGUGAAGAAGAGAUGAUGAACGUCGUCAAGUCCAUACCAAAGCUCAACACUCUGAUACUCAUCAAAGCUAUGUUGAAGAAUCAUUCAUUUCUUAACCCGUUUGCUGCCGAAGACCAAAAACGCAAACUACAACCAUCUCACAGAUCACAUUCAGCGCCUGGAGCUUGUACUUGGUUUGGAGCGAGAUCAUUAUCCUCAUCAUCAGAAACAACGACUCUUCAGCCUGUAGUAGAAAAUGCGGCCAACGAAAAAUAGUAAAAUCUUCAAUUACUGCACUAAUGAUAAAUAUUAAAACUGUUUAGAGUAUAAUGUUAGAAUCUUCACAUGCGCUUUAUUAUAUUUAUAUAUUCAUGUAAAGUUUAAUAAAUUAUGUUGACAAUGUAUUGUAAUGUGAUUCAUGUGCAAUUUUUAUCAUAUAACUUCUUCAUACUUAAACAAUGAUAAGUGAUAAUUGUAAUUUAUUUAUUUGUUUUUGAGAUAAUAGAAAGUCUUGAUUACUAUUUUCUACUUACAUAAGUGUAUUUUGACAUUUUUUAUGAAAAGAAAAAUAUAUGUAUUUUUUUAAUUAAA